AUGUACUUCUCAAUAGGCUGGCCACGGGUGCUCAAUAGUGGACCGCAUCGCACUAUUUGCAAAGUUGUAUGUGAUCGGGUGAAAAUUUUGUUUGCUGUCCUGGCAGAAGAUGCCAUCGCUAUCUGGUACUCGAAGCCCUGUGUUCUAAUUACGUCCAAACUAAGAAACUCGGAAUGUUUGGAAAAGUACGGUACGAACACGAAUGUGGAAUGGAAACCAGAUUCCAGUAUGCUGUUAGUGACUACUGGCGGAACGACGCAAGGUGGUACCUUGUUUAUGUACACGCUUAUCGUGAACGAUACCCCAAAAGGUGUCUACAACCAAAAUGAUUCACCGUUUGCCAACUUGCGCCGGGACAGUGCCGAGUUGUUUUUAAAAGAAACCAUUCCUUGCUUGAAGCUUUCUUUGACACACCGUAUUUGUCUUUACGUUCCCAUUUGUUGUGUGUCGUGCAUUAAUGUAAAUCAAAUUGUGAUUGCCACUCAAGAAGGUCGAAUCAUCCGCCUUAACUGGGAGGGCGUUGAAGAACGUGAUUAUGCGCUCGACCUUAAACGAAUCCCGUUUAGCGUUAACCAGCAAGUUAGUUAUGCCGUCCCAAUCUUGGAGAAGAAUGUGUAUGUUUCCUCGAUUGAUUAUUCACCUCUGCUGUGCGGAUUCGGCAUUACUUUAAAUGAUGGUCGUGCCGCAUUUCUCACCGCAAACAACACAAAGUUUGACCCCAACCAAGUACAAGGAAUCUGGUGCCAAAAUGUGGAUGAUGCGACGUGUACCGUCAUCAAUCACAAGUAUCGUCUGAUAGCGUUCGGGCGAAGGAACUCUCAAACUAACAUGUACGUUAUCGAUGAUCUAACCGGUGGACUGGAGCUGUCACAUAAACUCUCAUUGAGUGCUAAAGACUUCCCGGGAUCGCCAGGGUACGUGCGUGACAUGAAGUGGACUCCCGAUGGGUGUGCUAUCAUAGUGGCCUGGGGCAACGGAGGAAUAUCCUUGUGGAGCACCUUUGGUUCACUGUUGCUCUGCUCACUAGCCUGGGACUAUGGGCUUCAUGUGGAUUUGUCCAAGAACGAUCCCUUUAACGUAAUUAGUAUGGAUUGGUCUACUGAAGGUUAUCAACUUCUCAUGGUACGACAGACAAACGAACACACUGCUACACUAAAUAAUGGAACAAACGAGGCUGCUGAAACAUCCAACGUGCCAAUAUCCAUUCCGGCCACAGUAUUGGUACAAUUAGACUUUGUCAAGAGCAUUCUAACGAUCAAUCCCUGCAUGAGCAAUAAUUCGUUCUUGUUACUGCAAGGCGAUGAUAAGCUGUACAUCAACCACGGUGACGUACUUCAAAACAUUUAUCCUGUCCAUAAAUCUAGCUAUGAUUCAACCAAUGAAGGGGACACUUCCUAUUCCGGAAAAACGGACGAAUUUGGCAAAGAUUCGGCAUACAUACCAUCGGGAGAACCUGAUCCAGUGAACGUCGGAGGUGACACCUACCUUAAAUUCAACAGCGUGCUAUCGGAGAGCAAACAUUGGGUUGUGUUGAAUCUUCCUACUGCUUACAUCUCUUCCAACUGGCCGAUUCGAUACAGCGCAAUAGAUCAUUUGGGCACUAAUGUGGCAGUAGCUGGCCGAACCGGAGUAGCAUUGUAUUCCUUCAACACUCGUAAAUGGAAACUGUUUGGCAAUGAAACACAGGAGAAAGAUUUUGUUAUCACCGGCGGUUUGCUUUGGUGGAAGGAAUUCAUCAUCAUGGGUUGUUAUUCGCUAAUCGGUUUCCACGACGAACUACGUAUAUACUCAAGGGAAAACAAGCUGGACAACCGAUUUGCGGAGAUUACAAAAAGUGCCAGCCCAGUGAUGUUGAUCAACCUUUUCAAAGAUCAGUUGGUUGUCUUCACUUCCGACGGUCACGUAUCAGUAUUUGCUCUUAAACAAACCGAAGAAGAUUAUAAUGGAAGUGAUCAUCACCGGGUGGAACUAGUAAAGAUGCACAUUUAUGAUAUCAAAAAUGUGUGCAUUCAUCCAGCGUGCGUUAUAUCGGUGUUGAUGACGAGCCUUAAACAUGAAGGUGCAGGCACUGGAGGCAUGACGAAACCAAGCAACUACGAAAACUCUCUUUCGGAAACGUUGAUCAUGAACGUGUCCGGAAGGGUGCUGAUGGUGCAGACGGAUCACCAACAACAUCACCACGGCACUGGCAGUGCCAAUAAUCAGCUGACGUCCACCUGUUUGGCUUCAUCGGUAGAGUGCAUCUGGGUGUCGGAAUCGAACAAGACGCACAUUAAGGAAUCUCUUUGGUUGUAUUGUGGUGGGUAUGGCAUGCGCGUGUGGCUUCCGGUAUUUCCUCGUACGGGCGAAACUGGCUCCCGCAGUCUACGGCAUACGUUUAUGAGCAAAAGGAUAAUGCUAUCGUUUACGCUGAAGAUUUACCCGUUGGUGAUACUGUUCGAGGAUGCAAUCAUACUUGGCGCCGAAAAUGACACGCUGCUUUAUACCAGCGAUCCAUCAGUCUAUUUUUCGCUACCAUACAAUGCGCUUAAGCGAACGAGCCAAGUAUAUUUGCAUCAAAUAUUGCGCCAGCUCAUUCGUCGUAAUCUUGGCUACAAUGCGUGGGAAAUUGCACGAUGUUGCACAAAUCUUCCGUACUUUCCUCACUCUCUCGAGCUGCUGCUACAUGAGGUUUUAGAGGAGGAAGCGACCAGCAAGGAACCCAUACCGGAUGCACUAUUACCGAGCGUGCUCGAGUUUAUUCAGGAAUUUCCCGUUUAUCUGCAAACGGUGGUACAGUGUGCCCGCAAGACAGAAAUUGCACUGUGGCCAUACCUGUUUUCCAGCGCCGGCAAACCUAAGGAACUGUUUCAGAAGUGUAUGGCAGCACGGCAGCUGCAUACUGCCGCGAGCUAUUUAAUAAUACUGCAAAACCUCGAACCCUCCUCUGUCAGUCGACAGUAUGCGACGGUUCUGCUGGACACGGCACUGGAACAGUUGGAUUGGCCGCUUGCAAAAGAUCUGGUGCGGUUCUUGCGAGCGAUCGAUCCGAAUGAUGUUGAAUCUCCACGUUCAUCAUACGUGUUUGGCAACAAGUUCGGUGGACUGAUUGCAGCCGGACCGCCGGCACCAAAUGCCGAAGACUUGAGUCUUAUCUUAGGAAGCAGCAUGGCGAGAGGGCGCAGCUUCUCAACCACCAUUCCGUACCCCAAGUCGAACGAUGGUGCCGCAACAGUGGUAAACAAAGAGAAAAAUAUAAUGUUCAACAAUCCUGCAGCGGCAGCUGCGCAGCAAACCGGCGGAGGACUAUUGAACUCGGGCAAUGAUACGUCUGGUGAGCGACAAAUCUUGCGCAGAAAGAAAAGUGUGCCAAAUACUCAGAAAGAAUGUGACUCAUCAACGGCGGAAGAAUUCUUCAUCGAUGUGGUUCUGCAGCGUCACGCACGUAGAUUUUUACAGUUGCGAAAGCUGGAAGAUCUCGGAUACAUGAGCGCUACCCUAGAUUUUCAUCUAGUUGGUUGGCUUAAUCGCGAAAAGGAUCGUGCUGCACGGAUAGAGGAUUUCGUAAUUGCACUAAAAUCAUUGCACGAUGAACUCGAUUGGCCAAAACCAUGUUUGGAUCUAACACUGCUACCAAAUCCAAAAGCUCAACCACACUUGCACAGUGAAUCGUCCCCGUCGCCCUCUUCGAAUCUAUCGAACAAAUCGCCUCUUUCCGAGUUAAAUACAGGACGCACCGUCGAUUCGGGGUAUAAUAGUUUGUCGUUUGUUCGUCCGAUGGCCACCAAUGGUUCGGUAACUGUUGCUGGAACAACAGUGGAAGAAAGGCAGGUGGAACCGAUACAAGGGCAAAGGGAACAGCGACAGGACAAUGUGCUUGCGUCUCCGGUCGGUGAUCCGUUACUGGGUACAACAGCCGAGGCGAACCUUAUGCCACUGAACGAUACGGCAAGUGUGCUGUCGGAAGCUGCUCAACCUAACUGGCCGGAUGAAGUAUCGACGGUAUGCGGUACAACUGGCAUGAUGAGCCUAACACUAGGUGAACAAAGCUUCAGUCAAGCCAUGGAAAAAAAUAUUUCCAAACAGAGCAAAUCGAACCGACGCAAGCAGCAUAAGCUUGAAAUUCGCAUGCGUUACUUGCUGCAGAUUUUCUCCGAAGCGAACUGUUACGAAUUUGCACUUCUCCUCUCGGUGCUACUACUUGAUGUGGCCUCUGUUGGGAGGAUAACGAAUGCCGCAAUUCGAUCGAAAUCGCUCGUAGUUUGCCGGCAGCUACGCAACGGUCUGAAAGAUAUGACUCGCUGGAGCUUUAACGAGUGUCUUGCAUAUCGGCCGUUCAUGAUUGCCUUGCAGCCUCAGCUGGCGGUGUUGGAUAAAUUUGUCAUCCAGCAGGAAUCCAUUCCAUCGCUGAUGCAUACGACCACCGUGACCGGUGUGUCAGCGUUUUCACCGCUUGUGAUGGGUAGCCUGCACACAUUCCGUGACUCAGAAGCACCCGCGUCGGGUGUUAGCUCUGGAAGCAAUAAAGGCAUCAAUCAAACGCAAGGCGAAACCAGACACCUUGGCAACUCUAGCGCAAAUAGCAACACUCAACGCAUGGGCUCGACAGGUACAUUGGGAAGUGUACCACAUUCAACUGGUAGCGGUGGUCCAAUCAGUGCAAGCAGUCGAAUUAUCGUGGACGGAUCCGCAAGUUUGCGCAGUGGCAGUGUACAACGCGAUACGCUCGGGGCAAAGUAUUCCACGCCGCACGCUUUCGCACGAUCUGUAUCGGACUUGGAAGUGGCCAAUAUACGAAAAAUAGCGCAAGGAAAGUCAAUCAGCGAUAGCCGCUCAGUUACAUCGACCGCAAUUUCGGAAGAACCGGAACGAACGUGCAAUGUUAUGUAAAAUGUACUCAAGUCGGAUGGCGGGAGCAGACCUAUGGAAAGGUGCUAUAGCAAAUUAUAAUCUACUUUAGGAGCGUAAGGGAAGAAUGCAACGAGAUAUUUAAUAUAUAUGAAGCGCAUAUUUAAACUAAUCGUAGUUACGCCACGGUAAUAAUUACUAGUUCCGUCCAUUGGCGGUGCAAUUUGCAAUUCUCGUACUGUUUUUUUCAUAACUAAAUAUAGGAAAUAAAAUUAUAACUCUAACGGAAAGGAAAUGUCUCUAGCUAUUUGACGAAUUUCCGCCUUGGGUUUCGUACACCAAGCGAAGCUUGGGACGAAUUAUGGAUAUUGAUUUUUAAGAAAAUUUGAUUGCCAUUACAUUCCCUUAAUAUUAUAAUAAAAUAUU